AUGACGAAGACUGUGAAGUCCGGAGGGAAACAAAUCGAAAACGAGUACAAUGAAAAACUGAUAGCUGCAGUCCAAGAACGGCCACCAUUAUAUGAUUGCCGAUUGCCUCUAAAAAGUCGGAAUAAUCUUAAAAAAGAAGCAUUGUGGAAAGAAGUUGCGAAUAUCGUACAAGGGGACGAUGACUGUGAUAGAGUCCGUAAAAGAUGGACGCAAUUGAGAGACAGCUAUGUGAAGGCAAGGCGUAAGAAAAGACAGUAUAUCCCAAGUGGAUCAGCAGCUGCAGCAGCUGACGAAUUGAAAAAUACGAAAUUCUCGUUUACUUGGUUCAACCAAUUGCAAUUUCUUGACGACGUACUGCAGCAAGUACCCACUGACAGUAAUUUUGAAGAUAACACUGUUUUUGAUAUUGAAGAAACACAUAUUGCCUGUGAAGAACACAGAGCAAGUUCCGAGAUUUCCAUUUCCGAAACAUCAAAUAUUUCUAAAGAAAAAUUGCCGAUGAGGAUAGUGACAUAAAAAAAGCAAUUCUUGCUGCUCUUGAUUCGGAACCACAGUCAAAACAGGACGCUGUUAAUGGAUUUUUCCUACAAAUUGGAGAUCGAUU